CAAGGAGUAAUGAAACACGGGGCACGAGGGAAGAAACAAACACUCAAAUCUGCAUCAACAGAUCUCGGCACCACUGAUGUUGUGGUGAGUCGAGUACUCGAGGUAACGGACCUGCCAGAGGGGAUUUCACGUCCAGAGGCUGAAAAGCUCUUCAACCAGCUGUCGAUGUGCGGUGCCAAGAUCCAGUGGCUGAAGGAGCCCCAGGGAGGGCGAGGAGGAGGCUGCGGCCCCUGUCCUGGUGCAGGGCCUUCUGGGCCGGGAGCCACCGCUGGGCUCGGGGCCAGCGUGGGAGCUGGGGGAGCGAAGGGCGACAGCAACGACCCGGCUCACCUCUACACAGUAGUGGCAGUGUUCCCCAGCACCAUGGCUGCCCAGAGUGCUUCCUUCAAACUUAACAACAGCGGGGCCAGCCUCUUCAAACUGAGGGCCGCCAAAAAGAACUAUGACCUGCGCGUGCUGGAGAGAGCCAGUUCUCAGUGAAAGGAGAAGAGAGGGCGAGGAAAGACAGAAAGUGAAAGAGACAGAAAGAGAGACUCUUGGUGGAGUGGUGGAAAAGGAAGGAGGACUGAGGGGGACUGCUCUUAGUGUACAAUUUAAAAACAAAACAAAAAAAAAUUACUUGAGUUAAAUGAUGUGUCAAAUGUAUAAAAGGGAAGAAGGUGUGAAUCAUGAGGUGGCUGGUGUUUGGUUGCAAAUAUGAUUUUUGUUGUUUGUUUUUAUUCAUUGUUUUUGUUUUGUAUUUAUAUAGCAGAAGAGCACACAAGACACGCGAGCAUGUGUUUCACUGUUGCCGUGGAAUGUGUGCUGCCAUUAUACAAAAACA